GCACUUGGUGAAAAUUGUAAACAAAGCAGUAAAAAAAGUUGAAAAUCUUUAAAUUAUACAGUACCAUGAUAUAAAAGCGACUCGAUAGCUAUUACAAUCUUCGACAUGGAUUAUUUGUGUCAAGAAUUAAACAUUCCACGGAAGCAAAUUAUCGAAACGACAACAAAAAAUCGAUUUAAAUGCAUUGUCAAUUUACAUUUUCUAAAAACUCUUGUAAAGUCUAGAAAGUUGAGCAAUUUUCCAAUUUAUCCACAAUCAAUUGAUGAGUGGCCGCAACAAAAGGAUUUAAGAUCGAAUUGGGAGCAAGUUUACAUUCAGGCUUACAAGAAAUAUAAUCAAAAAGUUAUUCCGUUACCAAAAUAUAAAAAUGAUAUUAACGACAAUGAAAUUCCAUUGUCAUAUUCUCAAUUAUUAUAUUACAUACAACAAACAAACUUCAAAAAUCUUUGGAAAACUUCUUAUAAAAAUUAUUCUGAAGAUUCCCAAAAUGAUUCGAAAGCUUCAAAUAUUUCAUCAAAGAUCUCAGAUAAUGUAUCAUGCAAUUUAGUUCCCUACGACCUUGUGAUGAGAGAAGUAAUCAUUCGAAUGUAUGGAUGUCAAGUGAUUCACUUUAAAUUGGAUAAAUUGCGAUCAGAUUCGUAUUCAGAGGAGAGUGGAAGUUCACAAUUUGACCUAGAAACGCUAAAUGUCAAUCAUUAUCCGUUCAUAGGUGCUGUGGAAUCAAAUACUCAUUACUAUUUAUUCCACAAUCCACUCAUCGAAAAUUCUCUGCUUGAUUGCAUAACUUACUCGCAAGCAAUUCUGAACAAAAGUCACAACAAACCGAUGUUCAUCGUCUACCAGUUACUAAACCUUCUCAAAACUAUUCAUGAACGUGGACUUUUACUUGGUGACAUUCAUACAAGUGACAUUUAUUUAACUGAAAAUUUGCUGCUUCAUGUCAUGCCUCGUUUGGAAUCAAAUUUAAUAACAUACGAAUGUCAAGAUGGAGAAGCGAACGAUGAAUUAAACACAAAUGCAACAAUGUCUUUGAUACAAAAUCCUCGAUAUUCACUUAAAGAUUAUUGUCAAUUAUGGUGCACCGGACAAUUAUCGAAUUUUGAUUAUUUAACAAUUCUCAACAAUUUUGCUGGUCGUCGUAUUGAUUCUGCUGAUUAUCAUCACAUUGUUCCUUGGGUUAUUGAUUUCUCAUCGAAAAAUGGCAACUGGCGUGAUUUAACAAAAACAAAAUAUCGCCUGACGAAAGGCGACGCUCAACUUGACAUCACAUACCAACAUAAUAAGCACGGAAGUGACACAACAACGCCACAUCAUGUCUCUGAUGUUUUAUCGGAAAUCACUUUCUACGUUUACAUGGCGAGGAAAUCUCCAAAAUCUGUUUUAUGUCGUCAUGUUCGUGCAAAGUUUGUUGCAGCUGAAUAUCCAGCAAGUAUUAAAAGACUUCAGGAAUGGACACCUGAUGAAUGCAUUCCCGAGUUCUUCAACGAUCCAUCUGUGUUCAAAUCCAUUCACGAAGAUCUCGCUGAUCUUGAAGUUCCCAACUGGUCGACAUGCCCUGAAGAUUUCAUUGCAAAGCAUCGUGAAGCUCUUGAAUCACAAUACGUGUCGGAAAAUCUUCAUCAUUGGAUCGAUUUAACAUUUGGCUAUAAGCUGAGUGGAAAAGCAGCUGUGAAAGCUAAAAAUGUCGUUUUAUCUUUAGUUGAUGAACAUCAAAAGCUUUGUCAGCGUGGAGUCGUUCAGUUGUUUACCUCGCAUCAUCCAAUGAAACAAUUUAAGAAUCCUUGGUUCAUGAAAAUUCCACCACGCAUCAACAGCUCAGAAAUUCGAAAGCGUUUAACAAGAAGUUCAGAAGAUCUUUCGCUUGAAAAUUAUUAUUCAAAUGAAAUUUCAUCAACACCACCAUUAAGAACACCAAACACAUCUUCAAGAAUUCCACAUCAAAGUGAAUCGAUUGAACGUUCACCGAGUUAUCAUGUAAGUGUCCCAAGAAUGUCACAAAACUUAAUUACACUCCCACCAAACUACAAUCCUUUGUAUCAAUUGAAAGCUGUCGAAAAUAUGGGAAAUUUCAUUUCGAAAACUUUUUAUCAAAAGCCAACAACAGCAAAAGAUCAGAGAAAAGAAAGAAAGUCGUUGGAUUAUCCACUGACAGCAUCAUUUCAAAGUUAUCUUGCACAGAACAAUGAACGUGAUGCUGAGAAUGCUUUCACCAACAUGAUGUUUCUUGAGACGUACGAGGCAUCAAUUAAAGACAGCAAAAUGUAUCAAAAUCUUAAGCAACGACGUCAACAAGCUUUAAAUUCAAAGAAGCACUUCAAACAAAUCAUUCAAGAGUCGAAAUUACGCGAUCUUAAAGUCAUCGGAUGCAUCAUUAUGGAAAUUUUCAUGAACAAAAAACUUCGUUCGCUUUCACAUCUUGAAGAAAGUUUCGAUGAACGAUUCGAAGCAUGUCAAAAGCUUUUGCUUAAUGAUGUAAAUUUACUACCAAAUUGUUUAAAUUAUGCUGUGAAGCUUCUUUUCGGUAUGAAAACCGACGACAACACACAAAUUACUGAUCUUGGAUUACCAAAUCCAAAUGCGCAACAACUUCUUCAACCAAUUCUUGCAAAUAUUCUCAUUCCGUUUCCCAAUCAUUACUUUAAAAUUUAUGCUGCUGUAAAGUCGAUAAAUCAAUUUGAUUCAGCAUCGAGAAUGUUAAAUCUUUUCUCGUUUUAUGAUUGCGAUGGAAAAAAUUGUGAGAAGUUUGAGGAACAAGAUAAAGAGCGCGUGGGUGUACAAAGGAAAAUUGCUGAAUGUAAAUUGAAAGCUUUUGCAGCGUUGACAGAAGGACUUUUAGAGCCGUCAGGCUUUGAACAGUUUGAUUCAGUUGAGAUUCUCCUUCCUUUCAUCAUUGACAUGUUCCGAUGUGAAGAGACGGGAAUUCUCGCUGCUUGGUAUUUGUUUGACAACAUUUCAGCUGCAAUUGGCGUUGACAAAACGAGGAAAUUUCUUUUAGCGCCAAUUCUUGGACUUUACGAUGUUCACAAUGAUGAACGAGUCAACUUUUUAAAUUCGAACUUUGAAACAUCUGUUCGUAUCACUGCAAGUUCAUUUCGAAGUAAAAAAGCUGUCAAACUUUAUCAUCACAGCUUUCUUCUUAAACUCAUCAUUCGAUUUGGCUUGAAAUGUUUCUUAGAAAACUUCAUUUCGAUUCUUAUUGAAGCAGCGGGUGGAUCGAAGGAUCCUGAAUUUGAAAUUCCAUUUCAUCUUCAUGACUCAAUAACAGCAACAACAGCUGGAAGUGAUAAUCAAAUGUCAUCAAAAGAUUUUAAUUACAGUUGUGAUGAAGAUUCGCCGACAUUAGCAUCAAAUCAUGAUGAUGAUGACGAUGACGAUGAUGGCGAUAAAACAAUGUCAGCUAAACUAAUCGUUGAUGAAAUGUUUGAAUUUGAUAAUGAUGAAGUGACGGAAAGUGCAAUCGCAAAGAUUAUCGAUCAAUUUGAUAUGACAUCUGAGACAAGUUCAAUCGAUCUAAAAUUAAAUCAUUCGGAAGCUGAUGAAGCACAUGAAGAAGUUGGAUUCACGUUGGGUGAUGAUGAUAAACUUAAAGAUCAAAUAUCGCCAACAAUUCCAAUUCCGUCGAGUGUUUAUAAACGUGGAAUUACCGUCGCUUCAAUUGGUUGUGAGAUUGGAAGUCGAAAGAGUAACGAUUCGUUUGAUUUAUUAUCACGAACACCAAUGGAACGUGACGAUUCCACGAAAAGUAUUAAAGUUAACGAACCUUUGAAAAUUGAAGACAAGAAAUCAAAAUCAAAACCCUCACGUUCAACAAGAAUUUCUGAAAUGAGUGCUGAAAGUUUACUGUGGUUGGCACAUCGUCUUGGACCGAUUUUAACAGCUCGUUACAUCACCAGAAAUCUUCUGAAAAUGUUGACACUUUGUUACGUCUCACAAGAGAAUCUUCUGCCAACGACAACGAUCUCAAAUGUAGGCGAAGGUUUAGUCAACUUCACAGUCGCAGACGGUCAUGUCAUUGGCGAUGAAAAUGCACAAAAAGUUCUCGAUUGUCUCACAUCAAUUUCAGCAUUGUUCGGUGAACAUUUCAUCCUUCAUCAAUAUUUCCCGCAUGUUUGUGAAUUGAUUGGAUUGUGUAAGAAGAAAGUGACGUUGACAUUAGAAGGUGGAUUGAUAAGUUCAAUUCAAUUAAUUAAAUACAUCAUUCCGUGUUUAAGUGAUGCAACACUCAUGGAACAACUUCAAGAUGUUAUUUUAAGGAAUAUUGUAAAGCCAACAAUUCGACUUCUCAAUUCAACACAUUUUGUGAUGCCGAGUGGAUUUUUAUCACGUGGAAUUCUCGCAAGAAAACUUAUUGAUCUGCUUUACAUUCUCACAAUUCGAAUUGGAACGGAAAUCACAAAAGAACAUCUUUGUGUGCCACAUUUGCAAAGAUUCUUCUUGAUUUUUGAUAAAGCGUAUGGAAUUGUUGAUCACGAUGAUGAUUCGAAUGCUGAAGAUGUGAGGGAAAAAGGUUUGGAUGAGAUUAAAGAAUCUUUCACGCCUUCACUAGCACAUUCAGCUUAUUUGUCAUUUGCAAAGCAAUUGGGUGUGAAUGUGAUGAAAGAAACAGUUGUAAACCUGGAACUCAUUCUAAAUCUUUCAAAUCAACAUGAAGAAUCGCUCAAAAAUGAAACUGAAUCGAUUAAAAUUCAAGAACGUCCAUCAAAACUCACCAAUGUUGAUCAAGUUGAUUCACCACAUAGCUUUGGAACAAACGUUUCAAUUGUUGGCAAUCGUUUAGAUUUUCCCAUCAACGAUGCAUCAGAAAGUGAUCAAAUGAAGAAUUUAAUUGAACUUGUCGCUUAUAAAAUGCAAAAUAUUUCAUCACAUCGUCAGUUAAAAGGAAAUUGGUUGGCAUAUUGGACAAAUGAAAUUGGACGGUCAGAGAAAGAUCAAAGCUUCAAUUUGAAACAAAUUCGAUUGCAAACAUUUUCUGGUCACACAAAUUCAAUUCGUGGAAUUUUGUGUCUCGAUAAUGAAAAUUCCUUCAUGUCAGCAUCGAAAGAUCGAACUGUAAAGUUGUGGUCGUUAAGAAAUGAAGGUGAUGGCUCGAAAAUAUCGUCAUGUCAAUUCACAUACACGGGACAUAAGAAAUCGGUUCAUUCGUUAGCAUUUCUUGAGUCGAUGAGACUUUCAGUAUCGUGCGAUGGUGGAAUUCAUCUUUGGGAUCCUUUUGUCGGUGCACAAAUAAAUCAAAUUGAGGGAUUACGUUACACACCAGUAAGCAUUGUUCGAACAUACCCAACACCAAGCAGUUUGAUUCUUGCUGGAACUGCUGACACGACAGUUAAAGUAAUCGAUAGUCGUGUCUGUGAAUAUGUUCUCGAAUGGAAACUUACGACAACACCGUCUGGUUCGGUUCGAUGUUUAACAGUCGCGCCAUCAGGAAAGUGGGUGGCAAUUGGAUUACCAGCUGGUCAAAUAACACUCAUUGAUGGACGAACUGGAAUGAUUUUGUCGACAUGGAAAGCCAGUGAUGGUGAACUUCUUCAAAUGCAAGCGCCAAAUGACAAUGAAAUCAUCGCAUCAAGUUUAGAUAAUUCUGUUAGUGCUUGGAAUGUUCAUACUGAAACAUUGCUGUACACUUUGAAAACUCCCGCUGAACCUGUUCAUUGUUUGAGAAUCUUUGGUGAUGAAUUAAUUGUUGGAACGCCAGCUAAUCGAAUUGGAGCCUACAAUCUCACACAACAUGACCAUCCUUAUAGUUACACAAAAUUGCGAUCUGAAGUGUUCAACAAAGGCGUCUUGACAACUUUCUCUCUUCUUCCACUUAAUCGGCUUCUUUUAGCUGGUAAUGACAGUGGAAAUAUUACUUUAUUGUGUUAAAUGAAUCUCAAUUGAAAAAGCUAUGACAUUUAAAACUAUUGUAUUAGAUUUAGAUGAAUGAAAAGUUCUCAACCAAAAAUUAUUACAUUUUGUAAUGGACAGAAAUAUUCCAGUUUUAUUGUUUUUAAUAUAAACUUAAUCAACAUAUAUUUAUACAUAAACACAUAUACAUAAUGAAAAAAUAAAUAAAUGUUUGAAAACGAACAAAUAAAAAAUAAAAUACAAUGUCGAAAAAUAUUUUGAAUUCGAAGCUCCGAUUUACGUUUUCAACAACA